AUGUCUACUUCACCUCUGCUACCAGUAGUGACUGUUCAAUACGAGAAAUGCUUUGAAUUGGUUCCAUAUGAGAGAUGGUCAAUUAAUCGUUAUGAUUUUUAUUUUUUGAUUAUUACGACUAAACAAAAUAAGCCACAAGAAAUCCGUGACGUUGCCGAAGAACUAUUUAACAAUAAGGCCAAAGCCAAUAAUAACUUAUGGAAUUCUCGCCAGAGGAAUCGACAUCAGCUACUGAAAAAAAUAGAGAAGUGA